AUGACUGACACAAUGUCGAAUAAUCAAAGAACUCCAUUUUCUUUUUGGCGUUUUAUUCAAGCAGAAUUUACUCGUGAUUAUAUGCUUGAAUGUGAAGAACAAAAGUAUUUAGAAAAACGAGAAAGAAUAUAUAAUUUUCUUUUAAUGUCAUCAAGUCUUGAAAAGUUUAUGCUCUAUGGAUUUUAUCAAUGUUUAGAUACAUUUUUAUAUGUAUGGACAUUUUUACCCAUACGUAUUGCACUUGCUCUUAUACAAGCAAUUGGUACAUUAUGUCGAUUACGAACUUCAAAACCUAAUCGUUUAUUUGAACCGGCACAAAUCAUCGAUAUUGUCAAAGGACUUGUUGUUGUUGGUUGUGCUACGCCUAUGUGUUUUAUGGAUAUUUCAGUAGUAUAUCAUACAGUUCGUGCUCAAGCAGCUAUUAAACUUUAUAUGUUUUUCAAUAUGCUCGAAGUAUGUGAUCGUUUAUUAUCUUCAUUCGGUCAAGAUACACUUGAUGCUGUUUAUUGGACAGCAACUGAACCACGUCGUAAACAUAGUGCUGGAAAAUUAUUGUUAUGGCUUAUUAUAGCUAUUGUUUAUUGUAAUUUGUUUAAAAUACUAACAUUAAACUAUGUAGAAAUAUUUAUUUAUGAUUUAUUUCUAGCAAUUCAUGCAAUACUUGUUCUUCUACAAGCCAUCACAUUGAAUGUUGCUUUUAAUUCACAAAAUAGAAUGUUGUUAAUUAUAAUGUUAACAAAUAAUUUUAUUGAAUUAAAACAUAGUGUAUUUAAAAAAUUUGAUCGAAAUAAUUUAUUUCAAUUAUCAUGUAGUGAUUGUCGUGAACGUUUUCAUUAUGUUAUUUUAUUAUUUGUUGUUUGUGUACGUAAUCUUGAUCAAUUUAAUUGGGAUAUGAGUCAAUUUUGGCCAUUAAUUGAUUUUAUUGUUGUUGUUUUUGUUGUUGAAUUUUUUGUUGAUUGGGUUAAACAUGGAUUUAUUUUAAAAUUUAAUGAACUUUCAUCAGAAGUUUAUCGAGAAUAUAUAUUAAGUUUAGCUCAUGAUAUGGUUAAAACAAAACAAGAUAUUGCUCUAUCCGAUUAUACAGAUUUACUUAGUCGUCGAUUAGGAUUUAUUCCAUUACCAUUUGCUUGUUUAGUUUUUGGUGUACUCGCUCAAACAAUUAAUGUUAAAACUACUCUAGCAGUAAUUAAUGUUCUAUUGACAUUUUUAUGGUANUUCUUCGUUUUUAUUUACUUUAACAAAUAA